AUGUCCGUGCGCACCAUACGGGAGCCGCUCGCAGUCAAGAUGCAGGUAUGUGCUGCCGGCUACCAUAUCGACGGCGAGAUCGUAGAUAUGUCCGUGCGCACCAUACGGGAGCCGCUCGCAGUCAAGAUGCAGGUAUGUGCUGCCGGCUACUAUAUCGACGGCGAGAUCGUAGAUAUGUCCGUGCGCACCAUACGGGAGCCGCUCACAGUCAAGAUGCAGGUAUGUGCUGCAGGCUACUAUAUCGACGGCGAGAUCGUAGAUAUGUCCGUGCGCACCAUAUGGGAGCCGCUCGCAGUCAAGAUGCAGGUAUGUGCUGCCGGCUACUAUAUCGACGGCGAGAUCGUAGAUAUGUCCGUGCGCACCAUAUGGGAGCCGCUCGCAGUCAAGAUGCAGGUAUGUGCUGCCGGCUACUAUAUCGACGGCGAGAUCGUAGAUAUGUCCGUGCGCACCAUAUGGGAGCCGCUCGCAGUCAAGAUGCAGGUAUGUGCUACCGGCUACUCUAUAUCGACGGCGAGAUCGUAG